AUAGAAAAAAGAAAAAAGAGGGGGAGUUGUAGUAAUAGUAGUUCCUCCUCCUCCUUCACUACCCCCCUCUCUCAUUUUUUUCCAUUCUCCUCCCUUCCCCUCUCUCUCUCUCUCUCACCCAACCCCCUUGCUGCCGGCUGCACUGCAGAAGGUCAGAGAAGAGGAGAGCGAGGCACAGUGAGGCUGAGGCGGAGAGAGAGCGAGGGGUGGGGUGCGUGGAUGUACACGAACAUGCCGACAGGAGAGCGUGUCGACCAGCGAUGACAGCAAUGCUGAGCCCAAAGAUCAGACAGACCAGGAGAGCCAGGUCCAAGAGCAUGGUGAUGGGCGAGGUGUCGCGGGGCCCGUGCCGGCCGGGCUCCCCGAGCCUCCAGGAGGGGGCGCUGAAGGCCGGCUGGCUGAAGAAGCAGCGCAGCAUCAUGAAGAAUUGGCAGCUGCGGUGGUUCGUGCUGCGCUCGGACCAGCUCUACUUCUACAAAGACGAGGAAGAAACCAAACCACAGGGCUGCAUACCUCUGCAGGGCUGCCAGGUCAACGAACUCACCGCCAACCCAGACGAACCAGGAAGACAUCUCUUUGAGAUCGUACCAGGUGGCUCAGGAGAGAAGGACCGCGCGCCGAUCAGCCAUGAGUCUUUCCUGCUCAUGGCAAACUCCCAGACAGACAUGGACGACUGGGUCAAGGCCAUACGACGGGUCAUCUGGGCGCCGUUUGGAGGAGGGAUAUUCGGCCAGCGGCUGGAGGACACGGUGCAGUAUGAGAAGAAGUUUGGCCCCCGGCUGGCCCCCCUGCUGGUAGAGCAGUGUGUGGACUUCAUCAGGGACAGGGGUCUGGAUGAGGAGGGUCUGUUCCGGAUGCCGGGUCAGGCCAACCUGGUCAAAGAGCUGCAGGAGGCGUUCGACUGCGGAGACAAGCCUCUGUUUGACAGUAACACAGACGUCCACACGGUGGCAUCCUUGCUGAAGUUGUACCUGCGAGAGCUGCCUGAACCAGUCAUUCCCUUCUCCAAAUAUGAAGACUUUCUGACCUGUGCACAGCUGUUGGCCAAAGACGAGGAGGAGGGGGUCCAGGAGCUUGGGAAUCAAGUUAACACUCUACCUCUACCAAACUACAAUCUCCUCAAGUACAUAUGCAAAUUCCUCGAUGAGGUCCAGUCUCACUGUAUUGAGAACAAGAUGAGCGUCCAGAACCUUGCUACAGUAUUUGGACCAAAUAUUCUUCGACCCAAAAUGGAGGACCCGGUCACUAUCAUGGAAGGUACCUCUCUGGUCCAGCACCUGAUGACAAUCCUCAUUAGGGAACACAACCGUUUGUACUCAGGGAGGGACCAGGAAGAUCCCACCAUACCGCAGACAGAACUUCCCGUCCAGGGGCAUCAGCUGCAACACCGUAGCCUCGGGGCCUGGAUCUCUGAGGAAGACCUUCCGAACUGCCCGGUCUCCAACCCUGACCAAGAGCUGCACAGCAGUGCCUCAUCUCUGGAUGCCAAACUGUGCGCAGCGGUCACACCCACCCAGACUCCAAGCCCAAACCCUGGAUCAAAACUGGGGUCCUCAUCAGGGAAAGGUGAGACUGUGGUGAGCCCGAGUAAACAAGCCAAGGCCUUGCCGUCCUGGAAGUACACAUUCAAAAGCUCCUCAGCGCCGCGGUCUCAGCCUCAGGCUAAGCAAAGCAGCAGCGGUGGAUCUGUGGCAGAUACAACCAGCGUAUCUUCUGGUGGUGGAGGAGGUGGGAGUGGUGGUGGUGGUGGAGGUAACUGGCUCAUGAAUGGCUUGUCCUCCUUGAGAGGACACCGGCGCACGUCUUCAGGUGAGCGGUCCACUCGUGACCGUGAAUCCAGCGGCUCCUCACAAAGACUGUCCACCUACGACAACGUCACCUCUUCCUCCAGCAUGGGGAGCGUACCCAGCGUCUCCAGCACACCGUGGUCCAGCUCCUCCUGCGAGAUCUCUGUUCCAGACUCGGGAAGUGAACCGUCAGCAAACUGUGGAGUAGGGGAUGGGAGUGGGGAAAAGGGGGAAUGGAUAGUGGAGACCCAGAGGGACAGUGACAGAGGAAGGGAUGGAGGGAUGAUGACAGACCCGAGCUCGGAGCAGGACAGUUGCGAGGCCAUGGAGCUCUGCAGCAGCAGCGCCGCCUGCAGUGAGAACGGAAACAUGGCAACGGCAGCUGGGGUUCCGUCCAUUAUCAUGACUGAGGAUGGAGACGGCGUAAAUGUAACAAUAAGCAGUCUGGUGGAAGGACUGAAGGACGAGUUGACCAAGCAGCAGACCGUCUACGAGGCCAGGAUACAAAAGCUGGAAGAGUCCAGUGCUUCUCUGUGUGCACAGAUGGAGCGUUUGGAACAGGAGAUGGAGCAGGAACGGAAGAAGCAGCGUAUGCUGGAGAUCAAGCUACGGAACUCGGAGAGAGCGAGGGAGGACGCGGAGAACCGCAACCGUCUCCUGGAGAAGGAAAUGGAGGAUUUCUUCUCCACGCUGGGGGACCUGGCCCUGGGUGCGAGGACUAGCGACAUUUGAUACAUGGAGGUCACUUGUCAGUCUGUGGCCAAAGCUGAAGCUGUCAUCAGGGUUUAUAUUUUGGGGGCCGAGUUCUUUCAGCGUUCUCACUCAGUGUAUGGAGAAGAACAAAACGUAUGCUGAAGGUCGACGCCAUGUUUGUGUACUUUCAGGACAAACUCUAAAAGAAAGAGAAAUACUGGGAUGGAACUGACUGUGUGGACUUUGUCAGAGUCUUCUCCACAAGGUCUUUCUUACGCAUGAAAUGGAGCAUGGAGAGGGCGCUCCUGUGAUUACACCCCUUGUGACACGUCCAUGGUUUUGUGAAGGCAGUAUUUCAGCACUUUGGAGGCCCCUAGUGGAAUGUAAAGUAAUUUCUUUGAUAGUCUCCGUACUGAAGAGAACUGAUUUCUUAAACCACUACUUUACGGGGAAACAAAGUGAAUACAUUUCAUGUUGUAAAGACCUGUUGGGGACAUUAAUGUAGAACGCAGUGAGCUGAUAGGUAUUUAUCUUACUCUGAUAUUUAAACACAGAACAGUUUGACAUUUUGAGAUGGGCCUAUAUUUAUUUAAUUUUUUUGCUGAGAAUUUAAUGUCUAAAUCUACUUGGCUUAAGCUUCAAUCAAUUCGAAUGAAUUCUCAACAAAAAAUAUAAAUAAAACUGAUCUUUGAAUGUCUUUUCCAAACUGUUCCUUCAACUGUGUCGUGAGUUUAUCCAAAUUACAAGAGAAAAACGAUCGAAAAACGGUUCUCUUUGGCCAGAUGUGAAGAAAGUUCAGGUUCUGGGAAGAAAAGUGGCUUAAUUGUAGCGGUAAUAUGCACCAGAAAUAAAGUACAAAUGAUCAAACUGAUGUACUUGAGUCCAAGCAAAGUAAACCAAUGCCAGUAAAUAUUAUUAUUGUAGCAGUAAUUAGGCUUUGGCAACUGAACUUGGACCACCAUGGGGUGUCAUUCAAACUGGGUCUGGCAACAAAACUAAACAGGGACUGUUAUUUAAUCUGGCUAUUACUGGACAAAACUAAUUUGGCUGCCUGGAUUAUUGUUUUAUAUAGUUUUUUUGUGAUUUGGGUGAACUGACAUCAGCAUUAGCAGAGGUUCCUCCAACUCAGAAAACUAGAUUUUCUAAAUAAAGCCUCUUGAUAACAAAGAUAAAUUGAAGCAGUGACAGUCGGGACCUCUAUGACAGUUGCCUCUGUACUCCUUCCAGUGCCUCUCUCGUCACCAUCUACAUGGUUUCCACGUCCAUUUGACGGCAACGCCUCAGUCUUCGGAGUCACACCGAACCCUCACGGAUGUCAACACACCUUUAAUGCACAGAAAACAAAACAGGGACAAUGAUAAAAACACACAUUUUCAAGCAUGUUCAAGCUGCCUCACUCACUCACUCACUCACAAAUGAGACACUGUGGCUCAGUAGGUGCAAACCAUUCACGGUACACAGUAAAUACCAAAGCUGCACCGCCUCAGCUGUCUGCUCACUAAAGAUCAGAAUGGCCUGCCUGGAAGCCAUGUUGAUUUUGGCACAUGAAGCUGAACACUGCCCUCAAAAAACAAUGGAAUUUCCUGGUUGUGCCUUCAGGGAAGUGUUUUUAAAUACAGUCGUGUUGCUUGCUUUCCUGAGAUGUCGUGCAUAUGUUUGCCCAUAAUACAUAUAGUGGCGCUUUUUUUUUUAUAUUAUUCAAAAAAAUAUGGCAACAACUGACUGCUGACAACAAACUUGUUUUCCCUUGAAGGUGCCAAACCUUGUGAAAGUGAACUGUACAUUGAAUGUAAGUUUUGAAUUAAGAAUGUAAACUUGUAGUGAAUGUAAUGUGUCGUCGAUGAAACCAGCCCUGUGACAAAAAAAAAAAGUAAUGGAAGUGAUUGACUUACCUUAACUGCAGCUCUAGGCAACGUGGAACAUGUCAUGUAUGAUUGUGGGAUGUGUCACGUCAGGUGGCGGUUUUAAUUAUUUUAUAUUUCCUAAAUGAAGAGUUGCAGGCAUCUGCUUUUUUUUUUUUUACAUUUGCAUGUGGUUAAAUGGCUGAAAAUAUCCUUUUAUUUUGAAGCAUCUUAUCACGAUUCAGAUGAAUGUCCACGAGUGAUUGUGACACUACAAACAGUAUAUAAGUGAAAGUGUGAUUUUUGGUUGGACAAUGUGACUGUAUUUUUAUUUUUUACAUUGUAUAAAGAAAUAUAUUAUAGACAGUGGUAUUAAUUGCACAGGUUUACAUGGUAACGGUCUGGCAAGACUUUACCUGUGAACUAACACAACUACAAUCCAUGAUAUAAUGGUGCAAGUCUACGUCAGAUUCCAGACAUUUAUUUUCCCCCUCUUGUACGUCUCACUUUUAAGGUGUUGAUUAUUUCUCUGCUGAUCAUCUACGGUGCUUAUUUAUUAUGAAUUUCCACUAUUGUAAUGAAUGGACAUGUAUGGAAAUAAAAGUGACAAAGGUCACGUGACAAAAAAACA